AUGUCGAGCAACUGGGAUGUGAGCAAUCAACGCUCCCGCCGCCGGACAGAGCGCGUCGUCGUGGACUUUGACGACGCUUCAACGCUCAUGGCGAGUGCUGCGGAGAGGAAGGUUCACUCGGCGUCAGAGCCACUCAGCGAGACGUACGGCGAGUGCACCAUUGGGUCUGUGGCCCGCAUUUUGGACAUGCUGGGCAAUCUUUCUGCCUUUGUGCAGGAGAACUACCAAGGCCGGCUUGCCGUCCCGUACGAUGCCAAGUUUGAUCUCGGUCGCGACUCCAAGUUCCUCGACGUCGGGUCUGGGUUUGGCAAGGUCGUCUUUCAUGCCAAGCUUGCGCGUCAUGUUACCGAAUCGGUGGGAAUCGAAUGCGUCUCGAUGCGCCACAACAUUGCCGACCACAUUCGCCAAAUGGCUGCCGCAUGGGAGAUUCCAGAGCUUUUGGUGGACGAAAACGCGCCCACCCCUCCUCCCCGCCGCACCUUCACCAAUCCCUCAACCCCGAUCGGCUCGAAAGCCUCCAGCGCGGCGGCGUCUCCUGCGGCCGUUGCCACUGACAUCCAUACCCUGGAUUCCAAAAGCGACUCGGCCAGUGCGGUCGAGUCGACGCUUGAUGGUACCCAAGGCGGUGGCGAGCCUCGUUCCAAUGCGGGGGUUGCCGACACGCUGACAGCACAACCCAUGGAUGUCGACGCGUCAGCCUCCUCCGACAAUGGGCACUCUCAAGCGGCGGGAAUGCAGCAUCCUUCGGAGGACUCGGUCCCUUCGGCAGUCGCAACUCCCAUGGAGAUCGAGCCGAGUGCUGCUGCUGCAGCUGCUGCAGGCAGGGGCGGCAAGGCCAGGACGGUGAAAAGCUCAAAGCUGCCCCAGCCUGGUGUGAGGUCGCUGCUCGACACGAACGGCUUGCUCUUCUGGUUUGGAGACGCCACUCGCUACGCCUCACUCGACUAUACACACAUUUACUGCUUUGACAAGGUGUUUUCACCCAUGCUCUUGCAAGAGAUGGCCAAAACGCUCAACCGCUCUGAUUUCUACAUUUUGGUGAGCUAUCAUGCUCCGGAAGUGUGGUUUUCCCUUGGCCUGUUCAAGAUCUUCCCUCUGGGUGUCUGCCCCAUGAAAUCUACUGGCAAGGAACAUUUCACGGCGUACAUUUACCUGAAUGUGGUAGCAGCCAAAGCAGCUCUUCUUCGUGGCUGA